UGUGUAUACACGGUCUUCGGAGCCGGUGCUCCUCUCAGCUGACAGGGAGAAACAAACCAGAAGCCGCUGCUGCUGUUAAAGUCUUUAACCAGCCCGCGUUACAACCUUAAAUAUCGCCUAAAGAUCGACGGUUAAUGCAGGAUGGUAUCGUGUUCAGGUUCAGCUCGCAAGCGAUGAAUGAAACGAGCGCCGAGGGGAGCGGACGGAGACCGGCGGAGGUUGUGUUAGCUUCGGGCUUCUCAGCCCUGCUUCUCGGGCUCAUCAGAGGAUGGAGCGCUGGUUGAGAGGGGAUGGCAAGCCGUCCGUGUCCCGGUGUCUCCUCUCUGCUUUCUUCCUGCUCCUCGCGGUGCAGGCGGGCUGCCACGGUACCUGCAGACACUCAGCCCCCUCCCGCAGUGAGGUUGUCCAUCAAGUGUACUUGCGGCCUGAGCGGCUAACUAAGAGAAGUUCUCCUGACGAUCUGCAGCUGAAGAUAAAGAUCAUCUACGACAGCAGCGUAGAUCAACUUACUGCUGACAAACGAAGGCUGGUGAAGGACAAGCUGUUUCCUCAGGCCAUUGACUACCUUCAGAGGGCUUUCAGCGUGAGGCGCAGGGUGGGACCCGUGCUGCUCAGCAGGCAAUGUGCAACCAACCAGUAUAUGAGGAAGAGAGGUGACCCCCAUCGAUACUGCCAGGAUGCCUGCGCAGACGUCACCCGCUGUGGUCCUGUCGUCGUACCACAGCACCACCUGCAGCAAUGUAAGGUGUGCAGUGAGUCUGGAAAGUCGUGCGGCCCAACGGGAGCCCCGGAUGGGCCCGGGGUGGACGGAUCAGACUUCGUUCUCUAUGUCAGCGGCAUCACCACAGAGCGCUGCGGACAGGAGAACAUAGUGGCCUACGCUGCCUACUGCCAGCUGGAGGCAGAGCUGGACAGGCCUAUAGCAGGUUAUGCCAACCUGUGUCCUGCCAUGAUCUCCUCUCAGCCUCAGGAGUUUGAAGGGAUGCUCUCCACUGUCAAACAUGAGAUCAUCCAUGCUCUGGGGUUUUCAGCUGGGCUGUUCGCCUUCUACCACGACCACGAGGGCAAACCUCUGACUCCUCGCUUCGCCAGCGGCCUGCCUGCGUUCAACGAGAGCCUGGGCUUGUAUCAAUGGAGCGAGGCGGUAAUCAGGAGGGUCAGCAGACUGUGGGACAUCAGAGGAGGAGAGAUGGUGCGGCACCAUGUGCACGUCAUGGUCACUCCUCGUGUCGUGGAGGAGGCGAGGAGGCACUUUGACUGUCCCAUCCUGGAGGGGAUGGAGCUGGAGAACCAGGGAGGAACAGGAACUGAACUCAAUCACUGGGAGAAGCGGCUGCUGGAGAAUGAGGCCAUGACGGGUUCCCACACCCAGAACCGGGUGUUUUCUCGCCUCACGCUGGCCAUCAUGGAAGACAGCGGCUGGUACCGGGCCAACUACAGCAUGGCUCAGAGGCUGGACUGGGGCCGCGGCCUCGGCUGCGACUUCGUCAUGAAGAGCUGCAAGUUCUGGAUGGAACGGCAGAGACGGAGGCGACACCCGGUGACCCCGUUCUGUGACACGGUGCGGGCCUCUCCUCUGCAGCUUACCUGCAGACAGGACCAGCUGGCUGUGGCUGUCUGUAACCUGCAGAAAUACCCCCAACAGUUACCCCUGGAAUACCAGUAUUUCGAUCAGAUCCCUGAUGUCUCGGAGGAUCAGCUGUCGUCCUUCGGGGGUGCUGUAGAGAUUGCUGAUUUCUGCCCCUUCAGCCAGGAGUUCAGCUGGCAUCUCAGCGGAGAGUAUCAGAGAAACUCGUACUGCAGAGUAUCAGAGAACCAGCCAGACUGGUGGAGGAAUUAUGGAGCGGAGCAGUACGGCCCGCACUCUGUGUGUCUGUACCAGAGGUCCGCCUUCGUCAUGGAGCAGUGCACCAGGAAGAUGACCUACCCAGACUGGGGCUCCGGAUGCUACAAGGUCUCGUGCUUGUCCCAGGGCCUCACCGUCUACGUACAGGAUCGCUCCUUCCUGUGCUCCCGGAAGGGUCAGCUGCUGAGCGUCAGCGUCCGGGUCAGCGACUGGGUUUACAACGGCGUCCUGGUCUGCCCCGCCUGCACCGACUUCUGUGAUGACUGUCCCCUGCCCCACCAGCUCCUGCCCAUCAACACCUCCAGGAGCGAACCCAUCGAUCCCUGCUCCAGUUCGCCUGGUCUGGCCAUUACUCUCUGGCUCCUUCUGCUCAACCUGCUCCCACUAGUGGCUGGACUGCUGAUUUGCCACUGCAGCUGAUAAAA